GACGGGGAACUAGGGAAUAAUGGCAGCCGUGUCUGUGGAGUUGCAACAGGAGCGGCGUCUGGUGUGUGUGGAGUAUCCUGGCGUGGUGCGGGAUGUGUCCAAGAUGCUGCAGACCCUGGGCGGAGAGGAAGGAGUUUCCCGGAUCUAUGCAGACUCAGCCAAAAGGUUGGAGCUAUACUUCCGCCCCAAGGAUCCCUACUGUCAUCCUGUGUGUGCCAACCGUUUCCCUACCAGCAGUUUGCUGCUUAAGAUCAAGAAGAAGACAAGACGGAGGAGAGCCGAGAGUGGAGAAGUGACUGUUGCAGAAGUCAAGUUUGACAUGGAAAUUUUGGGCAUCAUUACAACUGUUUACAAAUUUCAAGGGAUGUCAGAUUUUCAGUAUCUGGCAGUACACACAGAAGCAGGCUGCAAAAACACUUCUAUGUAUGACAAAGUUCUUAUGCUCAAACCAGAGAAAGAAGAAUUCUUCAACCAAGAAUUACCUCUCUACAUCCCCCCACCAAUUUUCUCUCGCCUAGACACCCCAGUGGACUAUUUCUACCGGCCAGAAACUCAGCAUCGGGAAGGCUACAAUAAUCCACCUGUCUCUGGUGAGAACCUAAUUGGCCUGAGCAGAGCUCGGCGGCCCCACAAUGCCAUUUUUGUGAACUUUGAAGAUGAUGAAGUGCCCAUGAAGCCACUGGAGGCUGCUGUACAGACCUGGAAGAGGCUGUGCACUAAUCCCAUAGACAGGAAGAUGGAAGAGGAGCUGAGAAAGCUGUUUGACAUUCGUCCUAUCUGGUCCCGGAAUGCUGUCAAGGCCAACAUCAGCGUCCACCCAGAUAAACUCAAGGUCUUGCUUCCCUACGUGGCCUAUUAUAUGAUAACAGGUCCCUGGAGGAGUUUGUGGAUUCGCUAUGGAUAUGACCCCAGAAAAAACCCAGAAGCCAAGAUUUAUCAAGUCCUGGAUUUCCGAAUUCGCUGUGGAAUGAAAUAUGGCUAUGCCCCCAAUGACAUGCCUGUCAAAGCAAAACGCAGCACCUACAACUACAGCCUUCCCAUCACAGUCAAGAAGACUCCCAGCCAGUUGGUCACCAUGCAUGACCUGAAGCAUGGACUAGGCACAUCGGGGACAGGGGGUAUCAAGAAAUCAGCCUCUAACAAGUACAAGCUCAAGGACUCUGUGUAUGUCUUUCGGGAGGGAGCCCUGCCACCGUAUCGGCAGAUGUUCUAUCAGCUCUGUGAUUUAAAUGUGGAAGGGUUACAGAAGAUCAUCCAUCGUAAUGAUGGGAUGGAGACUGAGUGUACAGAGCGUGAUGGAUGGUGUCUUCAGAAGACCAGUGAUGACCUGAGGGACACCAUGUCCUUGAUGAUCCGGCAGAUCAUUCGCUCCAAGAGGCCGGGUGAGAAGCUCCUGGGCUCUCACACUUUGUUUUCGAGUGCUGCCAAAACUGAAGGUGGAAAAGAACAGUUAACAUAUGAAUCUGGGGAGGAUGAGGAUGAUGAUGAAGAAGAGGAAGAGGAGGAGGAAGAGGAAGAAGAGGAGGAAGAAGAGGAAGAAGACUUUAAGCCCUCAGAUGGGAGUGAAAAUGAGAUGGAGACUGAGAUUUUGGACUAUGUGUAAUGGGAGGAGGACACAGUCUAUAGACCCCCUAACUUAGUCUGGGUAUUGCUGUAGCUUUGCCUUGAGAAGGAAGCAGCUAAGAGUGCCAGAUGGCAUUUGCAGGGACUCUCAAUGGGUGUAGCUCCCGUCUAGCCCAGGUCUCCUGGGACUAUUCUGGCUUGUCUCAUGUACUGAAUAGUACCCCAAAUUACUCAUUCCUGGAUCCUAAGAAAUCCCCUUCAGCCCUCUAGCUUCAGUUAUACCCUGCCAUUAGACCAUCUGUGAUGCCAUUAUCCAGGUGUCAUAUGUGCCCACUGUCUCAAACACCCCUGUGGCUAUUAGUAAAUGUUAUGAGGUGGAGACAGCGCAGCCUUUGGAGUUUCAUGGAACAAUAAAAGGUCAGAUCAUCCUCUUUUGUAGGUUGUGGACUAAAGGAGUAUGACAAGAGUCCAGCAGGGACAUGGCCCCUGAGCUUGGAGUGGUUACCCUGGAUGGAUAGGACCAAGGCAGUAUGGGCAGUAGCUCCUAGGUGUUCUCAGUCUAGGAUCUUUCGGCUGCUGUUGGGUUUGGUUGUGGCCAAGUUUUCUGUAAUUCCUACAGGGAUUAUUAGCUCUGCUGAGAGCAUACUUUCUUAAUGGAAGUUUUCUUUAAUAAAUAAUUUUUCCAAAGGACUGGAUGAUUCAUAUGCUAGAGUUUCUUUUUGUUUUUGUUUUUUUAAUCAAAGUAGAGACUUCGGAAGGAAUUUAUCACUCCCUAGGGCCUAUGGCUCCUCUUGUGUCUGUGAAGACAGCCAUCUUUUAUGGCUUGAAGACUUAAAACUAGUAAGAAAUGAGAAGAUAAAAGUAAAUAAAAUUACCAGAAGGACAUCAAGAAAGAUGAAUUGCUGAAUGCAGUUUUCCAGAUCACCUCAACUUCUAGUCUAGGUUCUUUUGGGAUUUAAUAGGAUUGUUGUCCCAUCCUAGUUUCACCUCUAGAUGUGGACCCUCUGUUCUCAGGGUCCACUGUCUUGCCUUGUAACUGCUCUGGCCCUUCAGCUUCUUGCCUGACUCUGAAAAAUUUCUCACCUCUGCUUGAAGUCGUUUUGCUCUGACUUUGUUAUAUCCCUCUUGGAGGUAUCUGAGGUAAUGAAGGUGUUUUUUUCCUCUCAACCCAUUUUUCUUUGAUUUGAUGCUUCCUCCAUACUUUUUGUCUAAUGUGACUUUUUUUUCUUUUAGUAAUUGAUGAUAUCUUCCCAUUUAAAGUCUUCCUCUAAUACUUUCUUGUGUUCUGAAGGUAACAUUGGGUUUGUACCAGAGCACAAGCUCUGGCAGCAACUACCAAGUUAGAAAGGCUUUGUGUUUGACAGAUUGUACGUCUGUGAUCCUAAGGAUCAGCCUGGCUUAUCAUCAGGCGUGCCUUAGCUGAUACAUUUUUUGGACACAGCGGCUUAUUGUAUUUUGCCUCUGUCUUGCAGGUCAAAGGAGUUUCCCCAUUCACAGUUGCAAACCCUUGGUUCUCUUUCUCUUCUGCUCUAUCCUACUUUACUUUAGGCUCCAACAUGAAGAUUGAAGGUUGUUGGAGCUAGAAUGGACUUUGGAGACUGUUUAGUCUAUAGCUCCCUCAUUUUAAAGAUGUGGAAACAGGCCAAGGUGGGGAAGGAACUUGAACUUUGUCUAAGGUCAUACAAAGAGUUAGUGGCAAUAGAACUAAAAUCCCGGUCUCCUGACUCCUAUUCCAGGCCUGUGUCCACCGUUCUACGCUCCCUACGAUUCUUUAAAUGCUAUCAGACCAAUUUGUUACUUUAUCAGCUCUCCAAGUUCUAACUUGGUUAUGUUAUGUCCUAUUCAUUAAGAAAGAAGGAGGUCUGUAGCUUCAAACUCUUGCUGCCUCUCCCAAACCUCCCAUCAGAACAGCUAAAACCUAGUAACUGGACUAAGGCUAAUUUCUUCUCUUUUAUUUUUCCUACUCACUCUCUGGAUGAGAAUUUCAUGUGUCAUAAAAUAGCUGCCAAGGAGAAAUGAGCAGAGAAUGCUGAAAUGAUCCAAGUUUCUCAUCAGAAAGUUAUCAGUCAAUAGGUCUAGUGAGUGCUUAUUUGGGCUCAUCAUUGGACUAAGUGCUGUGAUAUGGGGAAUUGUCCCUGUUCUCAUGGAAAUUAUAAUCUAGUUGGAAAGUUGGAAAGAUAUAAUUCAUAAAAUUAUAAUGAAUAGUAAUGCAUGUCAGUGUUUAAUCAAGUGCUUAAUUGUAUGGUAAAGACCUUAAAUGCUGGUCAUUUAGAAGAAAGGGUGAUCAGUGAAGAAUAAUUGGGGGAAAUUUCAGAAAGAAGGCAGGAUUUGACUUGGCCCUUGAAGCCUGAUACAGUUGAGGUAAGGGGAGGGGAGACUGGCUAUUGUCAGAGAUGGUACUUGAAAGUUCUAAUGCCAAUUGUCCUUUUUUUCUUUCUUCAUGACUGUUUCCUGGUAACAAACGGCUUCAGACCAAGCUAAGUCAGUCCAGUGUUCAGACAAAUAAGUGAACAUUUACCGAGCACUUACUGUGUAUGGGGCCCUGCAGUAGUUACUGGGGCUUGAGGAGGGGAUGAAGAGAAGAGGGUUUGCUUCCUAUACAGUACUGGUAGAGGAGACAAGGUAUAUACGCAAAAAGUUAACUAGCAAUAAAGGUGCUGUAGAUGUGCCCAUGACUAUUUAACUUUAAAUAAUAAGAACUCAGAAGGGAAAUAAAUGUGGGGGCUGAGAAGGCUUUAUGGAGAAGGUAGGGCUUGAACUGGGCCUGAGAGGAUUUAGAAAGGCAAGUGGAAAAGCACAUCAGAGGUCUAAUGAUAGGAAUGUCCAUGGCCUGGUCAUAGAAAAGAGACCCAUAUGACUGGAACCUAAAUAGAGAAGAAGCAGUAGAAAUAAAGUUGGAAAGAUAGGGUCUGGCCAGCUUUGGGGAUGCAUUGAGUACCAGGCAAGGAGGUUGAGUUGAAAAUCAGAGCACAAAGCUUGAUCACUGACCAUAAAGAAAGAGUACUGACUUCCUUUUCAAGGCAAAUCUCUCAAGUCAAAUGAGAGUGGUUCCAAGGGGUUGGUGGUGAAGGGUAGGAUAAGGAAGAGCAAACCAAGGGUUAGUAUAAGAAGUUGGGCAGAAGGUACUAUUAGACUGGGAACUGUGUGUGACCAAAACAGGAGGAUUCCAAGAAGUGCCCUGGGCAGGGGCUUAAAUUAGAAAGCUUUGACAAGGCUUAAAAUGAUUGAUGGUGUUCUAAGGGCUCCCUUGCUGCGCUUUCACUGGCUAUUCUCUCCAGAGCCAAACAUUUUUGUACUAGCUCAUUGUAGCCUGGGCUUGGGGAUCUUCAUAACUCUGACACCCUGUACUAUACAAUCAACAGGGGCUAGGGCUCUUUCCGAUAGCUCGUCUCACAACUUUCACACUGGUAAGAAUUUCCCUUUCACUGGGGACUUUACAAUAUUGGUCUGAAAUCAGAGCCCUAAUAGCAGAAGACAAAUGGAGUUUUCCCCACCCCCUCAUAUGUGUGUGUAUUUGUGUGUAUGUGUAUGUGUGUAUGUAACAUGCUUUCUCUCCAUAGUACCCAUUCUUUCUGUGCCUCACCUUACAAUUCCCAUCUGUCACCAGGAAAUGCAUCUGACAUCUCCACAUCUCAUCAGUUUCUCCCCUGGGCCAAACCUUUCCCUGUCCCAGAAUGACUGUCAGCAGCCAUUUUUCUGUGGCUCUGCUGCCUUUUCCUUGUCCCCAAGUGAAAAGAUUGCUAGUUUUGGCUUAGCUUAUAAGCAUCUGAGGGAAGAUGCCUUUUAGCUGCUUAAGUCUCUUUCCUGGACAAGAUCUACCAGUGUGUAACCCAUUGCCAUCCUUCCCUGCCACAGGUCCCCCUUGUGGAUUUAGUGAAACAACUGACGUAACUCCAGCCUAACUUCUUUUUUGAAUAACUUUCCAUUGUGGUCAGUUUAGAUGUGCUCAGGGAAGGCACAUUUGUUUAAAUAUAAAACUUUGAACAAAAGGAGUAUAAUUAAAAUAGUACAGAGGAAGCUCUGGACUGGGAGUCAGAAGACCUAGGUUAUGUUUCUGGAUCUGCCACUAAUGGAUUGUGUGACUCUGGGCAAGUAACUUGCCCUUCCUGGCACUUAUUUUCUCCAUCUACAAAACAAGAUCACUGAACUAGACAAUCUCUAAUGACUCUUUUGUCCUCUAGUUCUAGAAUUAAGGUGUAUCUGCCCUACCCUUAGGCUCAGAAUUGAAAGGAACCUCAGAGAUCUUCUAGUCUAAGCUAUAUCCAAGCAGGAAGACCCUCUACAUAUUUUACAAAUAAUCACCUGCCUUCCUGUUGAACACCUCCAGGGAUGGGGGUUCGUGGCUCUAAUUGUCAAGAGGUUUUUCUGAACAUUAAGCAAAAAAGUCUACCUUCUUAUAGCUUUUCAGCCAUUAUUCCAAGUCCAGCCCUGAGGAACAAGCAAAGCAAUCCUUCUACAUGUCAGUCCUUCAAAUACCUGAAGACACAGGGCAGCUAGGUGGCACAGCGGAUAGAGCACCAGCCCUGGAGUCAGG